AUGGCAAGCAAGCUAGCACAUCUUCUCUUUGCCGCCAGUUUAGGCCUUCUCGCCUCUGCCCAACUGGCCGUCGACACCAGCCCCGUGACAGCCGCCGCCGCCUCCGUCGAGACGGUCUCGAUGAUCGACGCGUCCGGCCUCCCCAUCACCACCGCGUCCGAUGCCGCCGCCAACGCCUGGUACAUCCCCUUGACUGGGCCCGCCAGCGCAGCGACAGCCGCCUGGGGGGCGAGCGUGCACAUUGGCAGCUCCGGCGCAGAAAUCCUCCCGAUCACCUUUGGCACAAUCGCCACCCCGACGCACCAGCCCACCGCAACCGUCUUCCCCGCGGGCGCUCCCUCUGGCGACACCUCCUCCUCCUCCUCUUCGCUGGAGAUUGCGUUGAAUUCCGCGCAAGACGCCCUCCUCCUCGGCGCCGACAGCACCGUCAGCGUCCUCAGCACCGUCAUCGCCACGGCCGACAGCCCCACCAACAUCAGCAGCACGAACCUCACCUCCCUGCCCGUGGGCCUGAACCUGGGGCUGGCCGGCCACUGGCCCGGCGCCCUGGUGUUUGGAGGGAACUACGACGCGAACCGCAUCUACAACGAAACCCACUGGCAGACGACCGCGGCCACCAGCGCGGGGGAGUCCACCUUCAUCGCGACCGGGGCGCAAUCCGUGGGGAAGGUGCAGCUCCACCUCUACGCUUCACCGGCCACCACCGAGACCAACUCGCCGUCCACGAACGACACCACCUACCCCUUCGCCACCACCACCAUCUCCCAGACCACACAGCCCCUCCCCGCGACCCUCAACUUCAGCCGCGACACCCUCACCGUUCCCGACGCGAGCUUCUGCGACCGCAACUUCACGAUCGGGUUCAAUGCGGACAGUGCGACGUAUCCGAGGUUUGAGAUUGCGGUGUGGGCGGACCUCGUGCCGGCGGGGUCGCGGUGCGUGGCGGAUGCGGGGGCCGGGGCGAUUGUGCUGGGGCGGCCGUUCUUCCAGGCGGCGUAUGUAUAUGUGACUGCGGGAGGGGAUUUGUAUUUCAGUUCGAUUCGUAGGGACGGGGCGGUGGGGGUGGCGCCGAGAGAGUUUGAUCUGCACGCUGUGCUUGGGGGUGGGAAUGGGAAUGGGACGGGGGACGGGGAUGGCGCGCAGGAGAGUGCGGUGUCCGGGGCGGGGAGAGGGAGGGGGACUUUAGGGGGUGGUUGGGGGUUGGUGUGGAUGGCAGUGGUGGUGGCUCUGGGGGAGUUGUGGAUGUGA